CAUAGCUAGACCGAGACACGAUAACAGACUCCCUAGUAAUAACAGUACACAGUAGCGGAUCCUACUAGUCUAGUCAGCACCUAAGAUAGCCGGUAUGUAUCUAAACGCCUUCCCUGCCCUCAUCUUGCAGUAGGCUCCGGUGGCGGCCAGCCUAGAUAAGCGGGGGGCAUCCAGCCAGCCAGCCCUCGGGAACUGCAAGUCUCGAUCCGCCCUUGUACGAAAACGGGUGGCUUAGGAGUCCCGUCAGCAUGCGUUAAGAAACACUAUGCCCACCACAAGGUAAACUUAUCUAUUAGCCAAUGGCUUUCCUGUUGAUGGCUGGCCCAGGUAUUCUCAUCAUCUUUUGAUUCUGUACUGGCCGAUCGUGCUGUUGUGAAUCUGACGAGAUAUAGUGCUAAAGACGUCAUCUAACUUACCACUCUAAUCAUCUGUAUCAUUAUACUUAUUUUAUUGCUCUUGUUCUUUAUUAUAUUGAUCUGUGGCCAGGGUAGAGGGUUUCAUAAGUGCCUAUCCAACGCCGUUGCCUGGAGGGAGGAAAGACAAGAUGCCAAACCCGAAGCCAAUUCCACCCAGGAAAAGGGUGUUGGAUAUAGCUUCGUCAUCAUUCAGAUCUCAUUCACCGAUAGCUCAGGAGAUAGUAGCUCGUGAUGUCGCGGAGUGCUCCGAGGAUGAUGUCGAGAACGCGUUCCGUGAUGACGAAGAUGAGAUCGGGUCUGAGUCUGAAUCAGAGAGCGGGCCUGUGUUGUACAAGCAACCCGUUGGUGUCGCCUUUGGAUACAGGCGACCAAGUCUACUAAACGACCCAGUGAACGAGCCCGUCUUGACAAGGGUCGAGAAGAAACAGUCUCGUAAUGCUGAACGCAGUCUUUUAAGGGACAAUCAUAUUCUACCGCCAAAACAUAUCCCGGAGAAGCAACCUGGGAUGUUCUCCAAGUUGUACAAGUCCUUAUUCAGCACCAAGGUCCGCAGAGCACCCGACGACGAGGAAGUUCCCAGGAUAGCGGUCCAGCCCUCGGAGUCCUCGCCUUUGCUGGCCAGUACGACGGACCCAUCCAGUCCACACCAUGAGCACCUGGAUGAGCAGUGGGACGCUGCUGUAGCCUCGGGAAAGAUCGAGACUACUUGGCAGAGAGAAGCCAAGACAAUCGCAAUCCAUUCGCGAUCGCUGAUUUUGACUUUCCUGUUACAAUAUAGCAUCAACAUUACUAGUAUCUUUGCCGUUGGGAGAAUCGGAAAAGUAGAGCUGGGCGCCGUAAGCUUGUCGACCAUGACGGCAAAUAUUCUAUGUUAUGCUCCGAUGCAGGGCCUAGCAACCAGCCUGGACACACUUUGUGCCCAAGCCUAUGGUUCAGGUCAUAAGCAUCUAGUGGGCCUGCAACUCCAACGAAUGACAUAUUUCUUGUGGACACUUGUAAUCCCUGUCGCCGUGCUUUUCUUCUUUGCCGAGGACAUACUGCGUCACAUCGUUCCGGAUCCGCAGUCGGCCGAGCUUGCGGGUCUGUACCUCAAGGUUGUAACCGCCGGCGUCCCCGGGUUUGCCGCGUUUGAGGGAGGCAAACGUUUUGUUCAGUCACAGGGCCUAUUCGUUGCGACUACCUACGUGUUACUGAUUGCUGCACCCGUGAAUAUCUUCAUCAACUGGCUGCUAGUCUGGCAUUUUGGAUGGGGCUUCAUUGGCGCCCCUAUUGCUGUGGCAAUAACCCAAACAUUGAUGCCACUACUGCUACUUUCAUAUGUCGUAUUUGUUGACGGAAUGCAAUGCUGGGGCGGCUUCACCCGCCGGGCCCUGACGAACUGGGGCCCUAUGGUUCGGCUUGCGUUACCGGGAAUGGUCAUGGUUAUGGCUGAGUGGUUUGCUUUUGAGAUUUUGACUCUAGUAUCGAGCCAAUUCGGGACGUCUUACCUAGCGGCACAAAGUAUCCUGGUUACUUUGACGUCGACCAUGUUUAUGAUACCUUUCCCCGUCUCUAUUGUUAGCUCUACUCGCAUCGCAAAUUUAAUAGGGGCUGGGUUAGUCGAUGCUGCCAGGUUAUCCGCCAAAGUUGCAUUCUUGGCCGGGCUGAUGAUUGGUGUGUUCAACCUCAUCUUGCUUUCAAGUCUCCGCUUCAAACUCCCCCUCCUGUUCACGGAGGACGAGGAAGUGAUUGAGAUAGUGGCGAGCGUGAUGCCGCUCGUUGCAGUGAUGGAGAUAUUUGAUGCCAUGGCGGCGGUGGCCCAUGGUUUGCUUCGCGGCAUCGGGAAGCAGUCGUUUGGGGGCUACGCAAACCUGUCGGUCUACUAUCUCAUUGCAUUGCCGAUUUCGUUCGCGACUGCCUUUGCGCUGGAUUGGAAGCUUACUGGCUUGUGGCUGGGGACUACGGUUGGCUUGGCUCUUGUGGGAGCGGUCGAGUACUGGUACACGUAUGUCUCGGAUUGGGAACAGUCAGCUCGGGAUGCCGAGAAUCGGAACGCCGCCGGUUGAUGUUGGUUGAUAUUAUGCACGGAUACCCAGGGAAGACAGGUUUACUACUAUGUGCUCAUGGGUUUGGGUUCAUGUUGGAUGAUUGUGUUUGAUCUCACAAGCGGCAUGACAUGGCCUCGUUGUAAGCGAUUUUAUCAGUACCUAAGUAAGUACCUGCAUGACCUAUCAGGAUUUAGCCAUUGCCAGUGGCUUCUCCGUAGUAGAGUCCGUACUACUAGUAGGUAGUAGCUACUAGGUAGUAGUAUGCCACUAUGUUGGUACACAAAGGAUCACCUGGAUUAUAGCGCAUACCGACGUAGCGUAGUAUGUAUAAAUACUGUAUGCAUCCAAGAAGGGAAAAUCCCGAGGUAGAACCCUAGGUACAUGAACGAAAAGGGGACGAUUGGAUUAUAGUUGAAGUUAGCAUUCUACAACAGUAGCUUGAAGCACGGUCACGGGUAUAUCCAGAUAAGGUAUGAUCCGAUCUAUUGAAUUGAACUCAACAUUGGAAGUUUGACA